CUCCCCAUGUCGAAGUGGUUUUCCACCCACCUUCCAAAAAACAUGCAGAUUAAUUGCUCCAGGUAAAAAUAAAUUAGAUGAUCCAGGCUCCACUGCAGAACUAUCAGCGCCUCCCUGUAUUUCAGCUCACGCAGGUGUGCAGGUGGAGCUCGGACCGUGCACGCGCACUGCACGUGGGCGGGGACUGCGCGCGAGCGGGCUGAGACUCCUGGCAGGUUUGGAAGCGCGUGAAGUUCGACGCUGAUCGAAACUUCAGGAAAAACUUCGUUUUGUUGUUUGUUUUCUCGGUGAACGAGCAUGGCUACCGACUUCACCCAGGAGUCGGUGCUGCGCUUCCUCCUGCGCAACGAAGGAAACGUUCGCAACGCGGAUCUCCUGACGCACUUUAAAGCGUUUUUGCGGGAGCAUGAAGACCGAGUGAGGAACCGCGACCUGUUCAAGCGGUACGUGAACGCCGUGGCCACGGUGAGGCAGGAGGACGGAGUCUCGUACGUCGUGUUGAGGAAGAAGUACCGAGCGCAUCUGGGAGACGUCGCCAGCAGCACCGCCGCGUCAGGCAGCCGAGCUGAUAAGAAACAGGAAGGCGGUGGAGGCAGGAAAGUAGGAGUGUGUGCUGGAGAACCCGAGGGACUGAAAUCUCAGCUCUCACAAGUACACAAGGCGGAUGCAAUCUUACCAGUUGCAGGGAUUGUAAACAACAACAACAACAACAACGGAAAUCAUCCUGAUAUUUAUUUGGAGAAAGCCUUUCAAACAUCAUCUCAUCAGCCAUGGGAGCAAAGGGUGUCUUCCGUCCCCAGCAAAGACAACACAUGCACUCUGGGCAUGUCCUCAUUUUCCGCAGAUUCGAAACGCUCAAGUGGGAGCGGCCAGAGCUCUGACCUGCCGACUGAGGGGAAAGCCGUGAAGGCAGAUCCUAAAGACAAUGGUGUUCACGGUGCCAGACCCGGACAAUUGAGAGAAGCAGAUGGCUGCAGCCAGAAGUCCUUUUAUCCUCCUCCAGAAUAUCCACGCUGUGAGGUGAGUGUGACCCCGCCGCCCAAGGACACGGCACACAAACACACCCUGCCUGGCUCUUUCCAGUCGUUUGACGAGAAUCUGCCCUGCGUCUGGCCUUUUCCCAUCUCUCACAGACAGACGCAGAUUUCAGCUUCCAGUCCAUGUUUAACUGAAAUCUCUAGUGAUGCCUUCUCCUUUGAUGCUAGUAGACAGGAUGUCCUCAGCCAGAGCAAUGACAGUCUCCCCAGGCCAGAGUACUAUCCUCAGGCCACAGGUAUUAUCAUCCAUAAACCAGAGGAAUAUACAGCCACAGCAGCGACUCCGGUCACUCAUGCUCCCCAGCGGCACCAAAAUCCUCUGGAAACACCCCACCCACGUGUGGCUUCCGAUUACCUGGAGCCAAAAUACCUCCAAGGUCUCUCCUCCAGCCAAAAUAGCCUCAUCCUGCCUUCUUCCAUUAACUCUGACUGGCCUCAAACAUUUCCUCAGGACAACUGGUCUAGUGAUGAUGCACUGAAUUAUGGUGGUGGUGUUUCGUCAGAGGGUGGGCGCCAGACUCAAGCCGACACCCAUCAUUCCCAUCAGGUCAGACUGUUACCCCAGCUACAUCGGCAAGACAGCCAGCUCACACCCUGGCACCAUUCAACUGGGCACCUUCAUGAUGAGCAAACCCAAGCGUCACUACCGAGUUUAUCAGCAGGUGAGAGCACAUGCAGCAGACCUAUUGCACGGCGGCUGUCUCGCCACAUGCGAAGCCGGAUGUGUCGAAGCCUGGGAGCAGAUCUGGACCAAGCGUUUCGGGAGGAUGGCGACACAGCUCGGCUUAAACGCUUGCACCGGAUCACCUCUUUUCUUAACAUGUCUUCCAGCCGAACCCACAGCCCCCUGAGUAGUGUCUCUCCUGCCAGCUCUGUUCGCAGCCUGGGUCAUGACCCAUCGUCCUGUGGACACCGAAGCACCCAGGUUCCCUUGGAGCCUCUGGAACAUGAGUGGUUUGUGAAAGCAGCUUCAGGAGUCUGGACGGAUAUUUAUUCCCUUUUCAGAGAGGAUCCAAGCCUGCUAGCCAAACGGGACUUUGUGUCAGGUUAUACUGUAUUGCACUGGAUCGCCAAGCACGGAGACCACCGAGUGUUGAACACUCUAUGGUAUGGUGUGCAAAAAGCAGGCAUGACAUUGGAUGUGGAUGCUAGGAGCACGUGUGGGUACACACCACUGCACCUGGCUGCUAUUCACGGCCACAAAAAUCUCCUACGGCUCCUAGUGCACAAGUUCAAGGCUAACAUCGCCCUCAGGGACAACAGUGGUAAGAAGCCUUGGCAGUAUUUGGAAAAAAACAAUGAUAGAGAUCUGCUGGAGCUGCUCGGUGCUCCCCCGAGGAUAAUUGCGGGGGGUGCAUGGGUACAGUGGUCCUCAGAUAGACCUCAGGUAGCACCUGUGAACAGAUCAGCAGCUACAGUAAAGAGACACACAUCAAUUGCUGCAUUAUUUAAACACAAGUCCCAACUUCGAGUUUCUGCCAAUACAGAGUCCUUCUUGUAGACACACCGUCUCAGGCUUUAGUCUUGGAAAAAUAGCACUGUACAAUCUAGUAUUUUCUCUGCCACAAUACGUCUAUAAAAAGGUUUUAUAGCAGGAUGAGUGCUUUCGUCAUUUGGGACUAAAGUUUUUUUUUUUAAGAGUUUUUUUUACGUUUGCCUGGCAGAGUUGUUGCUCACAUAUUUUGGUUAUGAAUUUCAUGAUGAAAAGACAUUCACAUUAUCACUAAGCUGAAAGCGGCAAAUGGGAAACUAAGGUAAAGGUUAAACAGUAUUGAAUGUCUCACUUCGUAAGAAAGUUGUAUGUUUAUCUUGCACAAUAUAUUAAAAGUUUUUGGGUGCUUUAGAA